AUGCACACAAGUGCCCCUGUAUGCGAGAGCAAACGCAAGCGCGCCUCGCGUCUGCGCCGCCAGCAGAACCUGGCGCAGCGCGAAAUCAAGCAGCGUCUAUUUGAUAUGUCGAAGCCGGAUCCCGUCCUGGCGCACCAGCUGAAUGAAGAGGGCGAGAAGUACUGGAAGCAGUCGGAGCUGGCUAAGCUGAUCCUCUCGAAAGAGGAGGUCUGGGGCUACCAGGAAGACCGCCGCGGCCAGCUGCAGCCCGUGGAGCCCGUGGCGCGCCCGGAGGACCAGGACAUGGAUGCGGCUGUCGCACAGUACGGCGGACCCCGGCGCCUGAACUUUGGCCUCGAUGUGAGCGAUCGGCGCACACUCUUCCAGUCUCUGCCGCGCGUCAUGGCCACCGAUCGCGCGAUGGACCUUGCUGACUCGUCGCUGAGCCAGGAGGGCCCCGAUGCGCUCGCCAAGGAUUUGGAGGAUCUUGAGGCCGAGCAGGCACAGAGCGCUGAGACGCUCUCGCGCAUCCUGGAUCUUCGCAAUGCCAGUGGCAAGGGUAUCCAGGUGGAAAACACGCGGCGCAUUAUUGCGCACUUUGGCCGCCCGACAGAGAGCGGUGGCCUCGAUACCGGCUCGCCUGAGGUGCAGGCCGCUCUGCUGACGUACCGCAUUCGCAACCUAGCCGAGCACCUGCUGGGUGCGCGCCACGAUAACAGCAACCGCCGCUCGAUGCGGCGGCUCGUCCACCAGCGCGCCAAGGUGCUGCGCUACCUGAAAUCGCGCGACCCGAUCCGCUAUCAGAGCUUCCUGCCGCGCAUUGGUGUGGAAGCGCGGGCGAUCGAGGGCGAAGUGGUCGUGCCCGGCAAGCCGAAAACCAAGCGCAUGUAG